CUCUAGCUGUUUCUAUUUCAAGUCCUGGGAAUGAAUUACAGCACGACGGUUACAAAUAAUAUACAGAGAAUGAAACGUAAAAAAUUCAAUAAUUACUAUGUUGGGCCUGCAGAGGACGCUGCAGACUACUGUUACAUCUCCCCCUCUCUCCUUUACAUCUUUCUCCGCCCCUCUGUCCCCCUCCUCAAACCCUGUUCCCUUGUGGGUGAGUGAGGCUUCCCCUGCUAUAAAACCCUGAGUAGCAGCAGUAGCAGCAGCAACAGCAUCAGCAGCAGUGAUUGGAGGCUAAGCCUGAGCAUCAUCUCCAGGAUCAGCAGCAGGAUGAAGAAGCUGCUGAUGGUAAUGAUGAUGGUGGUGAUGAUGGGCAGCAGCUGAUCUCAGUCCAGUCUGUCUGAGCAGAAGCUGGAGAUCCUCUCAUGAUUCUGUGUCUGCUCUUCACCUAAGCUCAGCCCUCCUGAUCUGCCCCUGUCAUGAGUGAUAUCUACGACUGUGCGGCCCGCUCUCUGGGUCUGUUCAACAGUCCAUGUCUGACCAAAGUGGAGCUAAGGGUGACGUGUCGAGGCCUGGGCGACCGCGACGCCCUGUCCAAACCUGAUCCCUGCAUCGUCCUCAACAUGCAGUCGCACGGAGGUUGGAUGGAGGUGGAUCGCACCGAGAUAAUGCGCAGCUGCGUGAACCCCACCUACUCCAAAGUCUUCACGCUGGACUUUUACUUCGAAGAAGUUCAGCGCCUGCGGUUUGAGCUCUACGACGUCAACAGCAGCUACGGCGGUCUGGGGGAGGCGGAGUUUCUGGGCUCCGUGGAGUGUACCCUGGGACAGAUCAUCUCUCAGAGAAAAGUGUCCAAAGCUCUGGUCAGACCUGGAGGCAGCGUGGGAAAAACCAUCAUCACCAUCACAGCAGAGGAGCUAACAGGAAACGACGACUACAUUGAACUGUCCUUCAGUGCCAGGAAACUGGACGAUCAGGACUUCUUCAGUAAAUCUGAUCCCUUUCUGGAGAUCUACCGAUUAAAUGAUGAUGCUACGCUGCAGCUUGUCUAUAGGACAGAGACGGUGAUGAAUAACUUGAACCCGGCGUGGAAAACCUUCAAAGUGUCUCUGAACUCACUCUGUAGUGGAGACCAUGAACGGAAACUGCAGUGCACCGUGUGGGACUGGGACUCCAACGGCAAACACGACUACAUCGGUGAAUUUGAAGCAACGUUCAAAGAGAUGAGAGGAGCCAUUGAUGGGAGGCAGGUGCAGUGGCCCUGUAUGAACUCAAAAUACAAAGUGAAGAAGAAAAACUACAAGAACUCUGGGAUCGUCAUCCUGAACCAGUGCAAGGUCAUCAAGAUGCACUCCUUCCUGGAUUAUAUCAUGGGCGGCUGUCAGAUCCAGUUCACUGUGGCCAUUGACUUCACAGCGUCCAAUGGCGAUCCUCGGAACAGUUGCUCACUGCACUAUAUCCACCCGUUCCAGCCCAAUGAGUAUCUGAAGGCGCUGGUGGCUGUGGGUGAAAUCUGCCAGGACUAUGACAGUGAUAAAAUGUUUCCCGCCUUCGGCUUCGGUGCUCAGAUCCCUCCAGAGUACAAGGUGUCACACGACUUUGCUGUGAAUUUUAAUGAGGAGAACCCAGAAUGUGCAGGUAUCCAAGGAGUGGUGGAAGCAUACCAGGCCUGCUUGCCCAAACUUCAGCUCUACGGUCCGACCAACAUUGCCCCCAUCAUCCAAAAGGUGGCCAAGUCAGCCUCGCAGGAGGUUCACACCAAAGAGGCAAUGCAAUACUUCAUCCUGCUGAUCCUCACGGACGGUGUCAUCACCGACAUGGCCGACACCAGGGAGGCCAUUGUCCAGGCGUCUCACCUGCCCAUGUCCAUAAUCAUCGUUGGCAUUGGGAACGCUGACUUCAGUGACAUGCAGAUGUUGGACGGCGACGAUGGGAUCCUGCGAUCGCUCAGAGGCGAGCCUGUCCUCCGUGACAUCGUCCAGUUUGUCCCAUUCCGGAACUUCAAACAUGCACCUCCAGCUGCUCUGGCUAAGAGUGUUCUUGCAGAAGUACCCCACCAGGUGGUGGACUACUACAACAGCAGAGGCAUCAAACCUAAGGUUCCCAGCCAGUUCCAGUCUUCCAGACCCUUUGGUCCCUAAAGGUCUACAACCAUUGACAGAAGCAUUUUAUUUCAGAGGCCAAAGUUAAAGGUGCAACACUUCCUUUCUCUGCAGCUUCAACACUUUGUUGCCAGCUGGUAGCUCCUAACUGUUAGCUGUUAGCUGACACCGACAAACUCCUGCAGACUAUCCUAUCAGUUGUUCUUCCAGAAACAUAAAGUUCUGUUGCUCUGACAAUAAAAGAUUGAGAAGGGUUAGACGGAUCGUUUAAACAACUACAGUCAGAUUAAUACUGUCUAUUAACCCUGCUCUGAGGGUUGGACCAAACUGUGGUUGGAGACAGAUCUAGGGACGUAGGGAUGUAGACAACACAAUAUUUUUUGGUUUCAUCUUUUCUCCUGUCUUAAGACUUUGUCACUGUGUAAAAAAGUGUUGCACCUUUAACGUGUUCUGCAUGAGGAGGCAAUAAAAGCACAAAUACAAACAACAGUGACCACUGUCUCAAAUGCCACGUCCUCCACUGAUGCAUGACAGUCCAGGAAAAUUUGGCGAUAAUGGAAUGUAAUCCAACAGUUUGUUUUUUUAUACAAGUUCGUGGAGAUUUUGCUAAAUUUCGUAGCCAGUAUGUUACAAAGCAUUUUGCGGCCUCCACUGGUUUGUGUAGGUUUUUUAAAACAAGGCCGUUGCAUGCGCUGUUGUUUUGCAUGCAAAUCUCCAUGGAUUAGUCAAUAAUAAUGAAUAUUAUAGUAAUAACAAUGGAUGUUAGUAAUGUUAUCAAUGAGGAGUAAUAACCGCGUGUACUACUGUUUUAAGACACUAUUGUAGCAUGUUUGUAUCAAAGGAAAAAGUGCGAGUAGUCUUUACUGAAGCAUGACCUCAGUGUUUCGGGAAAGGUUUCAGAUUCCGAUGUUGGUGAAAAGAUACAGUAGCUAUCUCGAAGAAAUGCAACAUUUCUUUAAUUUGUAACUUUAUUGUUUGUGCUUUGUCUAUUUUGGUUAAAAGUUGUUUGCUUCUUCACAAAAACUCAACACCAGUCACAUAUUUACACAAACAAAAGUUAGCUUCUUCAAACAGAUGCUAAUAGUAGCAACUCAUUUUUACUUCAGGGACGUUAGCUUUUCAAGAUGGACGAUAACAUAGAUUAGAUGAAUCUAUUUGAUAUAAUCUAAUUUAAUCUGACAAAAAAAGAUGUUGCCUGCCACAUGUUAGCUUUUUAAAGAGAUGCCAAAACCAGUGGGG